CAUAUGUACACUCAUACACGCCCACAUGAACACAGAGUUCAUAAGUGCUCUCGCUCCUCUUCGAAGAAUUUGAGGUGGAGAUUUUGGGAUAGGCUUUCCCCUGUCCGUUUAAAACUCUGCUCACCAACACAACGACUUUGGAUGUGCUGACAGAGGGUCCCGCCACAUAUAUGCCCUAAGUGAUUUACCAACAUGACAACCAGCUGGUACCCAAACCAAAAGGCCAGUUGCUGGAACCCUUUCAGAAGCAUCAAGUUUUUUGUGUUCUGUCAGGGCUUUCUGCAACUGGCCCAGUUGAUGGUGUCGGGCUGCCUGAAGAGCUCCGUCUCGACCAUCGAGAGACGCUAUGGGUUCACCAGCCAGGAGCUGGGCCUUCUGGUGGCCUUCAACGAGGUGGGUAACGUGAUGCUCAUCAUGUUUGUGAGCUUCUUCGGAAGCCGAGUUCACCGGCCUCGCCUGAUUGGCGCCGGGGCGCUGCUGGCCAGCGUGUCCUCGCUGAUUAUAGCCCUACCGCACUUCCUGAGUCGGCCCUACCAAUUCGCGGCGCACCCUGGUAUAUCCACCAACAACCUAACCACCGGCCUCUGCCAAUCGCGGAGCUCCUUCGCCACCUUGGCGUCCAACCACAGCUGUGUGAAUAGCGAGGGUCAAACUCAGCAGGGGGUGUUCCCUGUGAUGCUCCUGGGUCAGCUGCUACUGGGGAUCUCCACGGUGCCCAUCCAGCCCUUUGGGAUGUCCUACGUAGACGACUACGCCAGCAGGAGGAACUCCCCGUUCUACAUCGGGAUUCUCCUGGCAGUGACCUCUUUAGGGCCUGCUGCUGGGUUCAUGAUGGGAUCUUUUACACUGCGCUUCUACGUGGACUUUGACAAGACACCCGCAGACCAGAUCCAGAUCGACUCCAAGGAUCUGCGCUGGGUCGGCGCCUGGUGGCUGGGAUUCCUGAUUGCUUCGUGCCUCCUCUUCCUCACCUCAUUGCCCUACCUCUUCUUCCCUCGAACCAUGGCCCAAGAGUCUGUCACUCCCGCAGAGGAGGCUAAAUCAAAGGAGGAGAAACAGCUGGAGGUGGUCCAGACCGCCUCCCUCAAGCAGUUCCUCAAAAGUUUUCCAAGAAUCUUCCUGAGAACCUUGCAGAACCCCGUCUUCAUGCUGAUGUGCCUGGGCCAGGUGUUCUGUGCUGGGGUCAUCGUGGGUGUCGUCACCUUCCUGGCUAAGUUCAUGGAGCGUCAGUUCAACCUGACCGCCUCCUAUGCCACCAUGUUGAUAGGGGUGGUCCACAUGCCCGUCUGCGUGGCGGCCAUCGUCAUCGGAGGGGCGGUAAUGCGCCGGCUGGACCUGUCCCGUUCCGGGGCAGCCAAGUGGUGCUCCCUGGCCAUCGUCUGCACCCUGUUCGUCUCCGUCCCGCUCCUCUUCAUCGGCUGCCCCACCCAGCGUGUGGCCGGGGUCUUCCCCACCAGCAGGGACGGGAGCGAGGCGGUGUGCAGCGGCAGAUGCGAGUGUCCCCAGGACGCGUUCAACCCCGUGUGCGCUUCUGACGGCACCGAGUUCAGAUCCCCCUGCCACGCCGGCUGUAUCGCCAUGGAGACGGACAGCAGCAGCCACAAAGUCCAGAACUACACCUCUUGUGGCUGCGUGACCGGUGGUGGUGGCUCCGCACUGCCAGGGACGUGUGGCAGCCGCUGCGCCCACCUCCUGGUGGUCUUCAUGGUGCUGUCGGCUCUCACCUGCUUCAUCGGCCCCACCUGCAAAGCCCCCUGCUUCUCCACCAUCCUCAGGUCUGUGCCUCCAGAGGACAAAUCCUUUGCGGUCGGGGUCUGCUACAUGCUCUUCCGGGUCUUAGCGUUCUUGCCGACGCCAGUCAUUUACGGAAGUGUCAUAGAUAGCAGCUGCAUUCUGUGGGGAAGGAAGUGUGGAAAAAAGACUUCCUGUCAGUACUACGACUUGGACUCCUUCAGACAUAGGUUCUUCAGCCUGCUCACGAUGUUCCUGUGCCUGGCGCUCUUCUGCUUCUUGAUGACCAUUCUGGUGCUCCGGAAGCAGGCAGGACGUCUGGACAAGAAGCAAGGAAGUGAAAGAGAAUACAAGCUUGUUGGCUGCAGUGAUGGAGUGAGCAACGGCAAGGCCGGGCUGGACGUAGUGGAGGGGGGAGGGGGGCAGAGGAGCUGAGCUGACGGAUGGAGUGUGUGUGUGUGUGUGUGUGUGUGUGUGUGUGUGUGUGUGUGUGUGUGUGUGUGUGUGUGUGUGUGUGUGUGUGUGUGUGUGUGUGUCAAUGUGAGUGAGUGUGUGUGUCUGUCCGUGUGUGUGUGUGUGAGUGAGGGAGUGAGUGUGUGUGUUGUAUUUUUUUAAAAGCUUCAAAGAAGCCUGUUUAAUGUCCUGAAUACAUCGGUGACUGUGAUGUUGUGGCGUUUGUUCAAUGUCGAGUAAAGACUUGGGUGGCCUUUGUUGAGUUUUAGUAUUGCAAUCUCUUUCAACUGAAGUAAUGGAGUCCAUUUAUACAGUAUAUCAUUGGAAAUCAUUGGCAACAGCAGCAUAGCAACAGUUUUUCAAGGUUAGCAGCAAAUUCCGAUGUUGUCCACCCUUUAUCUUCUGUGACACUCAACAUUCUGCUAAAGAUUCUCUGUCCAUUCUCAGACCAUUCACUGAAAGUAGUAUCAGUUUGAGACUUUGAAUCUCAAACUACUACAUGUUAGUGGAUCAGCUAUUAAAUUAUACAUUAUAGCAUAUCAUGCUAAUAUUGCGAUUACGGUUGCCGUUAACUGGUAGUGGCGUCUUCUGCAUUUGAGAGUUCUUGGGAAUCUACAAUAAAAGAGUGUUUCUCAUUCCGACCUCUUCAAAAUACAUGGUUCUUUCCAUGGGUGUGACCCAUAACCUCAUGCAUGUUUAAACCAAUAGUUUACAUCUGGUGAAUAGUUAAUUUCCACCAAAGUUGUCUGUAUUAGUUGUUAUAGAAAAACAUUCACUCCGUAUUACAAAAAAUAAAUCAUUGCUUCCACCAUGGAGUUUAAUUUAUCGUCCUCGUCUGCAUGGCUUCAAACAUGACAUCUCAAAAAGUAAUCAAAAAAUCCCCAGAUGUGAUUAGGUAAACUUCCUUGUGGUAGCGUGGCAAUCUGGAUCUGUUGCUCUUGGUUCGGGAAGAGGCUUGGAAUAUCUGUGAUCUCAAGUGGGGGCUGCCGGCCAACACUGCAACGCACAUCUGUUUCCCUUCGCCUCCAUGCUCUCACUUUCAAAUUCCGAUGGCGCAACAAAACAAGUUGUGGUGUCGUUAUGGAAGAAGACUAACGAUCCAAUCAUGGCACAGAGAAAGUACGGGUGUUCUGCCAAGACUCACACUCAUGUUAAAACGCAUUGUACGGUCAAACACGUUCUUACUGUUAGUGAAGGAAGGCCAAAGGUAUUUUAUAUAAAUGCUGCAAACGUUACGAGCUGGAGCAGGAUCAGGGAUAACAAAUGAGAAAGAGAAAGUUGUAACUGUGGAUCAAGUUUCGAUAUGACAACAUCUGUGAAGGGACAGAGAAUUGUGGGAAUACUUUGGGAAUAGAAGGUUUUUGAGGAAUUAGUAGGGCUGGCCCAAGUGUAGCAACAGGAUGUUGCGGUCUAAACAAACAUAAUUUAUGUUAUCCAUUGAAAGGAAAGUGCAUAUGAUUUAACAUCCUUCAUGUCAACUUAACGCACUGGCCUUUUCCGAACUGCAAUUGAAAAGUUGAGACAUUUCUGUUUUUUUCUUUAAGUCAUUUGCAUGAUUUUUGAAAAACAGAACUAAUUGAGAAGUGCCUCUGGGUACAGAGGCUUAUAAGGUAACACGCUCUGAGGACGGUUGAAUUAUGCCUAUCAUAUGAAGGACUGGUUCAACUGGUAGGCUGAUCGAGCUAUAAUAAUAAUGCACUUGAUUCAUGUCACAACAAAUCCAAUUAAAGUUUUGUCUUGACCAAUACAUUAUUGGAACCUUCUGACAACGUCUGUCAGUGUGGAUCACUGGGAACAUAAUGCAUGGGAUGUUUUGUUGCUAUACAAAAUCGCCUCAUUUGUUUUUUUACAAAGGUCAUAAAAGGUUGUGCAAACAACACUAUUAAAUAGUUAAGUAUUAAAACGUGCAUAGAUGCCGAAGCACUAGGUUAAUUGUGCCCUCCAUCUCGUUAGACCUGUUCUGGUGUCGUGAAAGAGUUUAAAACAUCUUGGGUGAGAGGGAGUGGGUUGGUGUGUGUGGGAGUGUAUGUCUGGGUCCUGUAUUUAGGGGCGGAGACUCUGACGAUGAGGGCUGAGGGCCUGAAGCAGUGCGGCUAUGUCCGUAGCCAUAGCUCUUAAAUGGUCGGCAUGUAUCGAUUUUAGUAGCAUUUUUUUCUAUAUUUUUAUAUGCAAUUUGUGUAUAUUUGAUAAAAAAUAUGUAUAAACGUCAUUCGACAAAAUACAUUGUGGAUGUAAAUUGUCUCUU